AUGGCACCACUUUUCCGAGCCGAUCAGGUCGGAUCGCUGCUCCGUCCGAAGGGCCUGGUCGAAGCCAGGAAGAACUCCAAUCUCCAGGGAGCGCGACUCAGGAAUGGCCCUGCAGCCGAGCAAGGAGAUGGCGAGGUUGUCGCUGCCAGCUCUUCUUCCAGCGGCGCCGACCCCAUGGAAGUCCUCCGAGUUGAGCAAGCAAACGCCAUCCAAGAUGUCGUCGCCGAGCAGCUCGCCCGACACAUACUUCCCAUCACCACGGGUGAGUACGAGCGAGCGAUCUUCUAUGGCAAUUUCUUCGAGUCCCUCUCCGGUUUCACGGUGCGGUACACGCCCAUGUCCGACUUCAAGGUCGACUUCCCCACGAACCGCCCCUUGAUCAAAUGGGGUCUCCCCGGUCGCGACGCGGGGUUCCCUACCGCUAGGAAAGUUACGCUCGAGAAGUCCGCGUACCUGGGCGACUGGUUGUAUUUCCGCAGCCUCCUUCCGGAGGAGAGGUGGAGGGACGCGAAAAUGACGGUGCCGCCGCCCGGGUGGUGGCAUAUCCAACUCAAGGAACCCUUUGAUCCGGAUCUGUUUGAGAAUGACGAGGCGCUAUUGCGGGACUUGAGCGCCGCAGUCAGGAAGGAGAUCUUGACGCUGUAUGAGCACGGCUUGAGGAUGGUGCAGGUGGACGACCCGAACCUGUCGUUCUUCUGCGACGAUGAGUGGAUCCAGGCGUGCCAAAAGGAAGGUGUCGACCUCGAGCGGCUGCUGGAGUUGUACAUCAAAUCCCACAACGACGCCAUCAGAGACUUGCCGGCGGACCUGCACGUCGGAAUUCACAUCUGCCGUGGGAACUUCCCCAAUGGCGUGGGCCUCGCCAGCGGUAGCUAUGAACGGAUUGCGAGGAAGCUGUUCAAUGAGACUGGGUACAGGUUGUUCUACCUCGAAUUUGACAGCCCACGGGCCGGGGAUUUUACACCCCUGAAGUACCUUCCACAGGACAAGGCGGUGGUCUUGGGUGUGGUGACGACCAAGUCCGCAGAGAUGGAGGAUCUGGACGAGUUGAAGAAACGGGUCUAUCAGGCUGCAGACGUGGUAGCAGAGGGGCAAGGCAACGGGAGGACAAGAGAGGAUGCGCUCCGAGAUAACCUCGCGGUGUCCCCCCAGUGUGGCUUUGCGAGUGACCAUUCAGAAGGAGGGAUCGGGAUGACACGAGAGCGCAUGUGGGAGAAGCUGGAGCUGGUCAAGAAGCUGGCGGGGGAGAUCUGGCCGGGGUGGGAUAAAAACAGGAAAUAG